ACCGCUGGGUUCAGGGAAAAAAAAUGCGAAGGCGUAAAAGUGUACGUAAAUUUGGCUUGAGAUCGGAAAGGUAGGAGAGUUUAUGUUUCGUUUCGUACUCUGGUUAACAUUACAAAUUUAGUCCAGACUUUCUUUAAGUCUAUUGUUUAGUUUAAAGUGAUAUCGAAGAGAAAGGACAUGUUAACUUUUGACCAACACGACUGAUUGCUACCUGGUUUAUUAUGGCGCGCGCUUCAUGAUGACUGGCUACGCUUUUCUCUCUCUAACGGUGUAGCCUGCAUUGCUGAAUUCCAGGAGCGAACGGGCCGUUCCCACUUACUUCAGCAAUAACAUGUCAAACUGCAUUUCCGAUGUCCUCUAGCGGUGGUUCUCCUGGCCGCUUUGGGCGUGCCCGAAAUGCACCUCACUAUAAUGAUGUGCCUCCAAGCUCAUCACAGAAGAGUAAUGGCCUCUCCAGUUUGCAACAUCAGACAUCAUCGGAUUUGGCUCUGAGCUUAGACCCUUUACCUCCUCCUCCCCUCCCUGACGAGCCUCCGAUUGGACCAGAGUCCGACCUUGGUGACAGUGAAAACUGUGAAAAUCCAUCAGUUGAUAUUAAACCUGUCCACCGCUUCAUUCCUGACUCGUGGAAGAACUUUUUCCGUGGGAGCAACAGAAGCAGCAAUAGCUCAGCACCUGUAUCCAGUAAUUUGAACACCACAACAAAGGGCAUUAGAUGCUCUCCUCCUCAUUCGCCCUCAGGCUCAGGGUCAUAUCACGAUAAGUUUGGGGGCUCUGGAGAUAGCUACCAUUCCCGCAUAGAGCAUGAAGCUAUGCUAGGAGAGCAUCCAGAAUCGAUGGAUGGUCGCACUGCACACACCAAUGCACACACCACUCUAACCUACAGUGAAAGAGUUGAGGAAUACCAACAGCGUUAUAGCUACAUGAAGUCCUGGUCAGGGUUGCUGAGAAUUCUUGGUUGCAUUGAGUUGCUUUUAGGGGCAGCUGUUUUUGCCUGUGUCUGUGCAUACAUUCACAAAGACAAUGAGUGGUACAACAUGUUUGGUUACUCGCAGCCCCAAAUGUACGGCGGAUAUGGUGGUGUGUAUGGCAUGUAUGGGGACACAUAUUACACGGGACCCAAGACACCUUUUGUCCUUGUUGUGGCAGGCCUGGCAUGGAUAGUGACUGUGAUCAUGCUGGUGAUGGGCAUGACCAUGUACUACCGUGCCAUUCUUUUAGACUCAAACUGGUGGCCUCUUACAGAAUUUGUGAUCAACCUGGUGCUUGCUAUACUUUACAUGGCUGCUGGUAUCGUGUAUGUAAGGGACACAACUCGAGGUGGACUUUGCUAUUACCCUGUUUUCAACAAUGGAAUCAACGCAGCUUUCUGUCGUGUUGAAGCUGGGCAAACGGCAGCUAUCAUUUUUCUCUUUGUGGCCAUGCUGGUGUACCUGAUAGGUGCUAUUGUUUGCCUGAAACUAUGGAGACACGAAGCCGCACGCCGCUACAGAGAGAAAUAUGGCCAUGAGAUGCAGUCAAAAUUCCCUGUGGCUCAGUCUGUGGCAGUACAGAGAGUCCCUGAGCCUGUCCUCAUCUCCUCUGCUGUGCCAGUUCACACAGACGCUCCUGCACCUUCCAAGGCAAAAGUGGUUAAAGGACAUAUUCCACCUGGACACAUUCCCAAACCUGUGAUUGUGCCUGACUACUUAUCUAAAUACCCAGCAAUUCACACUGACGAAGAGCGGGACCAGUACAAAGCUGUAUUUAAUGACCAGUACUCUGAGUAUAAAGAACUGCACACAGAGGUUCAUGCAACACUGAAAAAGUUUGAUGAGUUGGAUAGCAUGAUGCGCAACCUGCCUCGAAACCUGUCCAGUCAGGAGGAAUACGACCGCAUAAACCACAUCCUUCAGAUAUAUCAGCAAAAGAAAAAUGAUCCUUCAUUUCUUGAGAAAAAGGAACGAUGCGAAUACCUCAAAAACAAACUCUCUCACAUAAAGCAUCGCAUUCAAGAAUAUGAUAAGGUCAUGGCAUGGAAUGAUGGUAGAAAACUAUCACCUGCAACCACUCGUGGUUUAAAGAGACAAUCAGACAACCCUAAUGCAUCCGAAGUCACUUGGGCUGUGUGGGGGAGGAGCUUAGACUGCCUUUACAGCGAUGUGAAAACAGGUACUGGUAUCAGUGUGAGGAGGAGCGUUCCGUCAAAACAGAUGUCUUUCCAGCCGAAUGGGAGUCCACCUCCCUAUGAGUCCGAACAUGAAUAUGAUAUGGUGCCACAACCUGCAUACUCCUAUUAUGCAGACGAUGAGAUCCAACACUACUAUCGCUGGAACUCGCCACCAGGUAUCAUCAAAAUCAUGGCGAUCAUCAGCAUCUUCCUGUGUGUUGGGAUUUUUGCAUGUGUGGCAUCCACUUUAGCCUGGGACACCACUUCAAGUGUGACAGGAUUUUCUUCAGGCUAUGGUGGAGGCUACGGUGGAAGCUACGCUGGAGGUUAUGGUGGAAGCUACGGUGGCACUUCCUUCGGUGGAGGUUUUGGUGGCGGACCCUUUGCUUAUGGCAUUCUGGGCUCACAAAAUGAUCCGAGACAAGCAAAGGCGUUUAUGAUUACAAUGGCCAUUGUUACCUUCGCAACUGUGAUGGCCAUCUUUAUCAUGCUCCUAUCCCAUCAGCAUUGGGCACAAAGUCGGAAGUUCUUCCUGAUUAUCAUUAUCAUCACAGCCAUCCUGGCACUGUUUAUGCUUGUGGCCACAAUAGUUUAUUUGGUUGCGGUUAACCCUAUGGCACAAGCCUCAGGCUCGGUCCAAUAUUACCAGGUUCAGGCCCUGUGUGCCCAGUUCCAGGGUCCUCGUCCUACAGAGCUCAUGAUCAACCAGUACCUGUAUCAUUACUGUGUGGUGGAUCCACAGGAGGCAGUCGCCAUUGUUUUUGGCUUCCUGAUCUUUGCUUGCCUUAUUAUCAUCAUGGUUUUUGCCAUCAAGACCCGCCAGAACAUUAAUGCUUAUGGGAAGGGGAAUAUUCUGUGGCGCAAAGAGAAACCUGCUGAAGAGCUUAACCCUCCUCAGGAUGUAGAGGAUUGGGUAAAUAAUGUUAAUGGUGAUGUAGAGCUAGUAAAUAGUGAUUUUCCUGAGAAAUUUGGAGGUUCAAGGGAAUACCUGGAUGACAACAGUACAAACUAUGACCAACCUCCUGGCACUGAAAGCCUUGUGGGUGUGGAGCACAAUAUUCCAGUUCAGAAUUCAGCUCCUUACUACAGCAGUUCAGACAUGGGCAGCUCCACAAGCAAGCCUAAGAAAAAGCGUGCAGGACGCCCCCACCAUACUGGUGGUAAAGACUACGAUGAGGACUACGCAUCGUCUGGAGACGAACUAGAUGACUACGAUUUCUCCAGGGAAUUUCCCCCCAUUGCUGAUGAUGAUGAAAGGGAGAAUUAUAAGCACAUAUUUGACAGAGAUCACCAAGAAUACAAGAGUCUGCAGGCCGAGCUGGAUGAAAUCAACAAGCGGCUAGCUGAGGUCGACCGCGAGCUUGAUGAGCUUCAGGAGGGAACUCCACAGUACCAGGAUGUCAUGGAUGAGUACAAUGCACUGAAGGACAAAAAGAGGAGCGGCGACUACCGGAUGAAGAAGAAGAAAUGCAAGGACCUGAAGGCAAAGCUGAGCCACAUCAAGAGAAUGGUCAGUGAUUACAACAGUAGAAGAUAAAAGCUCUUAGAGACUCUGAAGAACUAAACCAAACUCCCUACUGCAUCCAUCUGGUGUCUGGCAUCUGAACACGAAGUAUGGGAAACAAUUGUUCUUACUGGAUAGCAAGAAAUUCAAAAGGAUUUCUCCAUUUUUACAUAAGGUUUUAAACCUGAAUUCUGUGAUAAAAUCAGGUGUGCAAAAUUAAAGCUGUGUGUAGUGGUGAAGAAUUUUAAAGAUUUUAAAGCCAUCACUUUUUUUUCGUCUGUUAACGUAAGCUGUGCCAACUUAAGUUAUUAUAUAAUUAUCCUUCUGUUUUUUUUUUGUUUGUUUUUUUUUGGGUGAAAAUGGCCAUUUUUCAUCUUAGAGACUCAGGUUCAUGUAUUGUGCUUUAUGUGUUUAAAGGGACUGUAAGUGUUGUAAUUUCAUAACUUUUUAUGUAAACGUUUGUCUGUAAAUAUACAAAUGAUCAGUGUACUGAUUUUACUUUUUUAUUAGAUAAACACACUCCGUAAACAAAUUGUAUUUUACAGAAUUUUGACAUUGAAAAAUAAAUGUUUUCUUCAAAGUUUUUGCAAA